AUGUCGAGUCAUGGUAUGCUUAAGUGUCCUCCACCAUGGAAAGUUCUAAUUCUAGUAGCAGCCACUUUAGACCCAAAAACCUUGGCUUUAGCCACAUGUGUCUCAAAAUUAUGGUACGAUUCAUUGUUUAACGACGAGUUUUGGGAACCCUUAUGUACUUUACACUUCCCUGCUUUCGCAACUAUUCAUUCAGCCGAGCCUUCCAUGUCCUUUCACCGCCUAUACUCCUUGUGCCGCAUCUUCGCUAAUCGUUCUAUCCGUCGCCUCCGGAGUAUCCCCGAACCUAUUCUAUAUCUCAACGACCUUGUCUUCACCAUCACCGCUCAUAUCGCAAACCCCAAUACUACGAGAGGUGGAGUUGUUCCCUUCGUUGCGACGGUGGCGAGAAGGUUGGAGCCAACCCUAGACACAAUGUUUUGGUUUGACUUGGAAAUUAAAGACGGGGUAUGGAUACCCCGUGAGGCCUUGAAAAAGACAAGGAUAACGUGGAACGUGUCACUAGAAGGAUACAGAGCGAUUUUCACAAUGUUGGAUUGCAAAGAAGAGAGUAUGGGACCGAAGAAAGUCGAAUGUUGGAUGUCGAAUGAGUUGCCGUCGACUCGGGGUUUUAUUUCGGACCUCGAGGGGUCGACUUCGGGGUUUGUGGCGGAACUUCAGUUCGAGAUGAAGGAGGAAGAUGGGAAAGUGAAGGUAGAGAAGAUUGGGGUGGGGAUGUUCAGUGUCAUGAAUUGGAGAUAUUUGGGAGUAAGGGAUGGACUUAGGUAUUUGAAGCAUUUCUUGUUAUUUUAA